CGCGCUGCGCAGGGCUGCUUGUUGUUCCCGCAGAGAGGCGAGAAGAUGGCGGCCGUGUCUAGCGGAGGUGCUGUGGGGUCCGCUGUGGCCCCGAUUACGCACUCUGCUCGCCCGACCCACGCAUCCAUGGGCUCCCAGAACCGAGCCCAGCCAUCCUCCGGGAUCCACCACGCCAGUCGUACCGGCACGGCCAGCGGCUGCAUCACCAACGCCGGCCAAACUUCGGCCCCCAGGCCCCCUCCGGCUCGGGUGGGCCACUACGAAAUAGAGCGGACCAUCGGCAAGGGGAAUUUCGCGGUUGUUAAGCUAGCCACACACAUCAUCACUAAAGCGAAGGUGGCUAUAAAGAUAGUGGAUAAGACCCAGCUGGACGACGAGAACCUGAAAAAGAUCUUCAGAGAGGUUCAGAUCAUGAAGCUGCUGAAGCACCCCCACAUCAUCCGCCUCUACCAGGUGAUGGAAACCGAGAAGAUGAUCUAUCUGGUAACAGAGUAUGCUAGUGGUGGGGAAAUAUUCGACCACCUGGUGGCUCAUGGCCGCAUGGCGGAAAAGGACGCCAGGAAGAAGUUCAAGCAAAUCGUGGCAGCAGUCCACUUCUGCCACUGCCGGAACAUCGUCCACAGAGACCUGAAGGCUGAGAAUCUGUUGCUGGACCACAACCUGAACAUUAAAAUAGCAGAUUUUGGCUUCAGCAACAUAUUUUCUCGUGGUCAACUGUUGAAGACGUGGUGUGGCAGCCCUCCGUAUGCUGCUCCAGAACUUUUUGAAGGCAAGGAAUAUGAUGGACCCAAAGUAGAUAUCUGGAGUUUAGGUGUGGUGUUAUACGUGUUGGUGUGCGGCGCUUUGCCCUUUGAUGGCAGUACUUUGCAGAAUCUGCGAGCGCGUGUCCUCAGUGGGAAGUUCCGCAUACCUUUCUUCAUGUCCACAGACUGUGAGUACCUAAUUAGACACAUGUUGGUUCUGGAGCCCAGCAGAAGGUUGACAAUGGAGCAGAUCUGUAAGAACAAGUGGAUGAGACAAGGAGACCCAGACCCAGACUUUGACAGGUUGAUUGCAGAGUGUGAGCAGGUGAAGACUGAGAGAGAUAUAGAGCUGAUCAACGAGCAGGUCCUGAUGGCCAUGUCUGAGAUGGGCUUAGACAGGGAGCGUACACUUCAGUCCCUGCAAACUGAUGCAUAUGAUCACUACAGCGCCAUCUACAGUCUGCUGGCAGAACGGCUGAAAAAACACAAGACGUUGCGUGUUGCCCAGCCCACUCCGCGCUCUAUUAGCUAUCCGCCAAACGCUGUUCAGCAGACAGACCCACAGGGUAAUCCUGUUAGCAUGACCGUUCCCCACGUCCAACUCAUCAACCCUGAGAACCAGAUAGUUGAGCCCGAGGGGAGCAUGGCCCUGGACAGUGAUGAAGGUGAGGAGCCAUCUCCUGAGGCAAUGGCUCGCUACCUUUCAAUGAGGCGGCACACUGUGGGGGUUCCAGACCAAAGGACGGAGAUGCAGGAGGAGCUCCAAAACCUUCCACCCGGUUUCCCUCGUGGUGUAAUUCCCCAGACCCCCUUCCCCCAACUUGCCCCCACUAUGGGUCAAAUGCAUACCCUCAUGCCCACACAGAGCCUUCAGCCAACACAGCAGCUGGAGUACAAGGAGCAAUCGCUGCUGCAGCCUCCCACUCUACAGCUUCUGAAUGGCAUGGGCCCGUUGGGCCGAAGAGCUUCAGAUGGCGGGGCCAACAUCCAGCUACACGCUCAACUCCUGAAGAGGCCCAGGGGGCCAUCACCCCUGGUGGCCAGCCCGCAUCCUAUCCCUGCAGUAGCUCCAGUGGAUGAGGAGGGUUCAGAUGGAGAGCCAGACCAGGAGGCAGUGCAGAGGUACCUGGCGAACCGCUCCAAGCGCCACACGACGCACGUGCUCACAAGCACCUCACAUGGCGAGCCCUCGACAGAGUCACAGCGGCCUCAGGGCCCCCGCCAGCGGUGCGGCUGGGCCCCUGACAUUCACACCCGAUCCAGCUAUAAGGACUGUAACACCCUCCAUCUCCCCAUGGAGCGCUUCUCUCCAGUCAGACGCUUCUCUGAUGGCGCCGCCACCAUCCAGGCCUUCAAGGCUCAUCUGGAGAACAGUAGCCUCAUUAAGCAACUCAAACAGGAGUGUGAGCAGCUCCAGAAGAAGUAUGCUGCCCAACAGGACGAGCGGCUCUUCGAGCACACGCAGCAGCAGCACUUCCUUUACCAGCAAGAGCAACAAAUCCUCCACCAGCAAAUCCAGGGUCUGUCUUUGGGCCAUGGAGAGAGCCAGCCGAGUCACUUAACCCACCAGCUCCAGAGGUUGCGUAUCCAGCCCUCCAGCCCUCCGCCAACUCAUCCCAGCAACCACCUCUUCAGACAACCUGAUCAGAGUCCCUCGCCCAGCUCUGCAGGCAUAAUGCAAGGGCAUGGGGCUCCGUCACCAGUGCAGUACCAGCAUGGUGCUCCAGCCAUGUUCCAGGGACAGAGUGGCAGUCCACCACCCACCGGCCUCCCUCGAGUUGCUCUGUCAGCCAAUCAGCAACCAUCAUCUGUCCGCCCCGCUGUCCCAUUAGCACCAGGUGUACCUCAGCCACAGCAGGUGACCAUCCAGGUGCAGGAGGUGCAGCUGGGAGGUGGGGCGCAAAGACAAGGCAGCUUCCUGUCCACACCAGGGGGACACAGGGUCCUGGGGAAGCAGCUCAGCGCAGACAACGCAGAAACGCACAGUCGCAGCCUUGGCCGAUUCACACCCGGCUACGACCAGACGCAGUUCAACCCCCACCUGUUCUCUGGUGACACCACCUCCAGGGGUGCCUCUGGAGUGGUGGGUUCCUACAACCCCUACCUGCAGGGCUCCUCCCUCAAGGUACCUGGUAUAGAGGGUUACCAGGGGGGGGGUGUGGGGAGCAGUAGCUACGGGGCCCCCUCUACAUUACAGCAGGCCUUGCUCUCCCCAACUCCUUUGGACUACCGCCCCCCUCAGCAGCACGUCACCCCUACCCUGCAGGGCCUCCUGUCCCCCCGCCACUCUUUAACAGGCCACACCGACCCCCGCUUGAACCCACAGGACUUGGCCGCCCUCCUGAAGAGACAGAAUCCCCGGCCAUGUGCAGUGCCCCAAACAUCCCCCAGCGGAGUACCACAGGACUUUGGAGAGAUGCUACUUCUUCGCCAGCUCAGCCCAGGAGACACCCUGGAGCCACCUGUGCCCCAGGCUGCUCCUGGGCUGCAACACUACCACCACCUCCUCCAGAUCCGAACCUCCGAGGUUCCCCAACAGCAGCAGCACCCGCCUCAGGCGCCUUGUCCCAGCUUACCUCACUCAGAGAGCAUGGAGGAGGACGAGGUGCCGGCUGAGUACCUUCACCCACAUGAGGGGCUGCUGGCCAAGGCCGGAGACGGACAUGAGCUCCUGGGGCCCCCCCGAGGAGGAACUCCCCCAUACAGCUCUCCCACUCACAGACAUGCUGGCUACAUCAGGAGCCCGUCAGCAACUAGAGAACCGGAGCAUGUAGAGUGCCGGUCCCAAGGACAAGCCAUGGAAGUGCCUGAUCACAAUGGUGUUGGCUAUCCGCGCGGUCCCCAGGGAGACACCUACAGGUCCAGAGGGCAGCUACAACGCCACCACACCAUCCAGACCUGUGACGAUGCCUACGAUCAGGCAGAGCCCAUGUCUGGAAUGAGUCUCCUGGCUGGAAAGGCGCUCAGCUCUGCUCGCAUGUCGGACAUCCUGAGCCAAACGUCGCUGACAGGAAGUCAGCAGCUGCACCAGCGGGAAGCGUCAGUGUGUGACGCUGAGGGUGAGCUCCACGCAGCAGGCUGCUACCCCUCGUCCUGCACCAGUGAUAUGCUCCUGACCUUCAAACCCCCCGACCUGCAGUACAGCAUGGAGCAGGCUGGGGUCUAACACAGGACCGGAGGCUCGUCCCCAUCAGCCACCCCGAGUUGUUGAUUAAAGAAGCAUCACGCCAAACCACCGUUUCUGUCCAAGUGGGGGCGCUCUGUGUCCAUCUGUCUGUCUCCGUCUGUCCCCACGGGUGUGUUUGAGUGGGGAGGGAAGCUACAGGCGGGGGCCUUGGAGUUCAAAGGUCAAAGUGCCAGCAUUUUUGUACGGACAUCAGCGUUUAGUUGCAGGUUGUUGACACUCUCAUUCAUCCACCCUAACCCCCUACAUUACGUACCUCACUGGCCAGUGCAUUGAUACAGUUAUGCUUUCAACAGCACAACCAACACACACCGCUGCCGCAAACCCAAAGUAUUUACAUGAGUGUGUGUUGUUUAUGAUUGUGAAGGAGGGGUGAGGUAAGGAGAGUCCUCCAUGUAACGGGUCAAGAUCCAAACGGGCUCAGUCCAAAGAUGGAGGGCAGUGACACCACAAACCAGCUCUGCUUCUCUCCCUUUUAUUUCUUUUUAUUUAAUUUAAAGUCAUUUUACAGGUAAAGUAGACAUUAUGUUUGUCUGUAAAAGACCUUUUAGUAUAAUAAAUAUUAUUAUUAAAGGAAGAUGGGACGACGGCGAUGUUCUUCACUUAAGUAAACCUGCACUUUCAGUUCCAGCUGUCCAUUCCCAACACUCCCUUUUCCAUCCUGUUUUCCUGCGUUUCUUUCCUGCUCCCACUAGAGGGAAUGCACUGUCUGUCCUUACCCAUGACCAGCUCAGAGUCCUUUAAGGACUUCCUCCUUACCCCCUCAAGUCAAACCAGAAAGAGCUCUUCAUGCAAGAGUUGUGAAGCUGCAGUCUUUCAGUUAAUAAUAUAUUGUAAAGGAAAUAUUUUUGCACAAAAUUCCAACAUAAAUUACAGGAAUUUACAACAAAUCAAUGUUUCUGGAUCAGGUUCUAGUAGCUCAUCAGCUUUGUUACUUUUGACUCCUUUUAUUGGCUCUGUCUGCUCCUCUGUAUAGCGCUUUAUCCUACAAUACAUGCAACUCAAAGUGCUUAACAAAUUAAAAAGGCCCCGCAUACCCACAUUCCCUCCCAUCCCCAGAAUUUUAAAAACAGUCUGACAAUAAAAACCCCUUCACAACAAUCCUCCUCCGGCGCACACGCGCACACACACACACACACACACACACACACAUACAUACAUACAUAGUGGCGGUUCUACGUGGAGUUACUCCCCGGGCGAGGCCCCCUUUGAGCCCACCACCACCACCACCUGCAUAAACACACGCAUGUUUUCCACAAACAGGCAUGUUUUAUUAGAACGACUAUUGAACAUUCAUUUUUCUAAGUUGCACAUAUUUACAUUAAUUACUAUGAAGUUGUCAGAAUGUAAAGCAAUAUACAUUAUAUACUGUAUCAAAAUAUAUAGAAUCAAAUAUACAAAAACAACUAAACUAACUAAAUAUUAAGAAUAUAUGAACAUAAUAUAUAAUAAAUAUUCUAAAUAGCAAAAAUAUUUCACACAUAAACUAAAGAUAAUCACUACAGCAUUGCACCUAGAACAGAAAAAAAAACUAAAAUUAAAACCUAACCUUGAUGCAACGUCAUCAAUAAUGUCAUCAUGUGAAAUCUGCUCCCCUACUGAGUGAUUGGUACUAAUCAGAGCCAGGUUAUGGGCCAUUCCCAUCUGUACCGGGUCGGCCCGGGCCGGGUAGCGUAGGUUGUUUACAUAUCUGGGUGGCCUGGUAUUUUUCCGGGCCAACCAAGUCUCAUUCUCAGCCCUCUUCUCGAGGGGGUCUGCUUCAGGCCGACCAGGGCCAACACACCCACUGCUGACAGCAAAUUCACACCUUCCAUUAGAACAAGCCUCUGAUUGGUGGGUAGAAUCAGCCCACAUGGGCUUAAGACAAGAAUGUGUGGAAUCAACCGGGCCAGGCUGGGGCCGACUGGGGCUACCCGGCCCGGGCCGACCCGGUACAGAUGGGAAUGGCCCAUUUGUGAGCCGCCCCUGAAACAUAGGUGACCUCAGGUAUGACUUCAUCAAGUUUUGAAAAGCUCCUCUCAGCUUGAGCCGCAGUGACUGGCAGAGCAGUCCAAAAGUUGGGGUAGAUCUCCAAUAGAUCUUUAUCAUGAUCCAUAAUAUUUUAGAAUUGCCUCUGAAAUUGUCAUUUAAACUGACAUAAAAACUGUAGACUAUCAAAAAUGCCAAUUUUUACAGAACAAAUCAUGUAAAAAAUAAUCAGUGCAGCCAUUUGCAAUAAAUAAACAGGAUAGUUAGUGGUGACUGGGCAGUUUUCUUCUGCUUGUAGAGUUGUUUUAUUUAUUAUUAUGUGAACAUGAUCAACAUGUGUUUGUUGUUGUUCAGGCAGGCCACAGGCUGCAGCGAGCAUUUAACAAAUCCUAGUUUGAAUCAGUAAAAAACGAUUCAAGGAACUUUUUUGAACCAUUUGAAUAUUCGUUUCAAUAUUUCAGCCCUAUUAGCUCUGUUAGCAAUUAGUUGACCGAAUUUAACCGUUAAAAUCCCAGUUAACUGGUUCAAAAAACUGAAAACAUGCAUCAUGAGAGCGUACCUACCUUUAUCUUUCUCCUCUUUUUUCUUUUUUUCCUGAAUGGGGCACCCGGUGGUUUUAGCCUUUUUAUGUUCAUCUCUUCUGUUUGGCUCUUGACUCAAUAAGUUUCCUUUAGUCAGGACUAAACAAUUUGACCUUGAUUGGGGGGUACCACAAAAUCGUUUUGUUUUUCCUUUUUUUAUUUGGCCAUUUCACACAAUUCAGAAAAACCUGAAAGAAUGAUAGGCCUGUGUUUAUGAUAUUAUGAAUGAAAUGUGCGUUAAAUGGAAGAACAUCAAGAUUUGAUUGACUUUAGCCUUGUUAAUACAGUUGAUUCAGCCCCUACCCGCUCAUUUCAUUUGGGAAAGACCCAGAGGUGAAUUCCCCCGCCGCACCCCUCCCCUUCCUCCUCUUCAUACACACACAGAUCACCUGAACCCUCUCAGUCAGCAGGAGCGCCUGCAGCUGCAGGGGGCGCCAACUUGCUGUUUCCAAUCCAGCACAGAUUUCUUUCAUUUUUAUUUUUUACUCAGCGCUUGUGCGCCCCUUUUGUGUCAUGAAAAAAUGCCACCCCGGGCAACUGCCCUGUCUGCCCGUGCCUAAAACCUUUACUGUACAUGCAUGCCCCCUUCCCCAUGGUAAAAAACACGAUUGACUGAGAUCAGAUGAGCCAGACCAGCUAAGAUAAGGAUAAGGAUACACCAUCAGGGUCCCAUCCGCCCCGGCAGCAGCAGAUCCACAGCAGCAGUGUCUGUGGGCGUGUUUGCUCCUCUGUGGGCGUGUCUGUCCCUCUGUGGGUGGAGUCUGAGUAUGACAUGUGCAUUCCCUCUACCACCUCCCACUCAGUGACAGUGCAUUGCAUUGUGGGUAGUUUUACCAUACAUUUCCUCCUCUCCUUGUACAGUGAUGCCAUGUAUAGAAUGCUUACGACUUGUGUAUCUAAUCUAGUUUAUUUUCCUGUCAGCUCUUGCUUUAGGGAGGAUUUUUAAUGGUAAUGUUUGUUAUUUGUUUCUUGGAUGUCUUUCUUUGCUUUAUGAACCUUGAGAUUUUAGCCAAAAGAGGACAGAGAAGAGAGGCGGCGCUCUUUCUGUCGUUAAGACGAUUGUUCUUAUUAUUUUAAUAUUAUAUUGAGACACUUGAAUAAGAGAAAGUAUCAUUUCGGUGGAUGCUGUGUCAUUCUUGUUGAUGUUGGCGGGGUCGUCGUCGUGGCGAAACAGGGUCAGGCUUGGGGCUUGGUCUGGGCUGUUCGGGUGCUACAGAGACCUAACACUCAAAGACAACAAAAACAAGGGAAUAACUUGUAAGAUAGCUGACAUAUCAUUCUUAACAUCACAAGCACGGAGACAAACAAACCCACUUCUGCUGUGAUCCUCUCCAUUGUCCUUGGCUACAUCAGCUUCAGAGAACAUGGCGCCUCACGGACAUGACCCUUCCUUGCAAGCUAACUGUUACUGUGACAACCAUGGUUGGAAACUACAGCUAUCCCUCUGCAUUUGUUUUCAGUUAACCACCUGGUUGUCAUGGUUUUUGUUUGACCUUGAGCAGAGGACCCGGUUCCACAUGGAAAGGUCUCAGAACGGUGCCGUGAGUCCUUGAGAUCUGAGGUGUUGAGAUCAGGGCAGGGUGUGCUCUACCUGAACACUUGGGACCACCACUGAGGACUUUCUGUUGUUACGUUUACUUCCAACUACAAUCCCCCUUGAGCUCUGAAGCAACCCCGGCCACUGCUCUGCUCCUGUGAUUGUACAGGUCAGACUCCACAUGCUGAAAACGACGUUUGCCUGGCCCGUGCAGCUUUGCUGUUUUUAUUUGUCCAGAUACUCAGUGGGGUUGCGAUGUGCUCUGGGACAGACCAAUGACCAAGGCCUGUUCUGUUGUGGAUUCUAACUCUGUCUGUCUGUGGCUCUCGCUCCUCUCUCUUUCAGAUCCCACUCCUGGGUUUUCUCAUCGUUUACACUCAACCAGGCGGGAUGUGGGAGGGACAAGAGGGAGUGAUCUGUGAAGGAAACCAAUAGCAUGAAUUUAAGUUUAUAACAUCCUUUUUAUCCUAAAGUUGGAUGUGUACAAAGCAGCUAUGAGCAGAAACGUUAACUGUCUGAUUUAAUGUGUGUGUGAGAGGGCUGAUGCACACAGGAAGGGACCACUUAAGGGAAUUUUAAGAACUGCACGAUGUUCUAAAGCAGCUGCUUCACAUUCUGUCUGAUCAGACAUGUUGUUUCUCUGCUUUAUUUUGGUCUUUUCUGCCCUCACCCACCCCGGCAAGUCAGCUCUGCUUUAACCUUAAUGCGUUUCUUAAGUUUAUUUUUAUCAGUUCAUUUUUAAUUCAUUUUUUUCUGUUGUUUUCAUGUUAUUUUUUGUUGGGUACAAAAUACUAAAAAGUGCAGCAACAAUGAUUACAAAAGAAUAUCAACCAAACAGAUGAAUAAAUAAAUAUAUAUAAAUAAAUAAUUUAAAAUGUUAA